AUGUCGGUCCAUGAAGCUGACAGCUUUCUCCGGGAGCUUGUCUCGGCCCCCACACGGACGCCCACCCUCGUCGCGACGAUCUUCUUGAUCCUGCUCUUGUUGAUCCUUGGUGCGCCGCGCCGCUACCUGGAUGAUGACAAAGUUCACCCCGGCCUCGAGAUCGUGGGCAUGCGGCCCGGGGACACCGUCUCGCAGGCUAAACAGCGCUACGCCGAACACUCCAGAUCGAUCCUGGAUGAGGCGACCGCAAAGGCAUGCUACAGCCGCCGUUGCUCGCAAGAAAUGCUCUUCGUUCUCCGAAAACCAUUUCAGGUCUUGACACCGACCGGCCCGCUAAUCGUCCUCCCAGCCAAGCAUUUGGACGAGAUUAAAAGCCAUCGGGAUCUCUCAUUCCAUGAAACCAUUGCCAAGUCAUUCUUUAUCAGACUUCCUGGAAUAUCCAUAGCUGGUGGCAUGAUCGGCUUCAGGUUCAUCGUGGAGCACGACGACGUCUUUAAUGAGGUGGUCAGAGUGAAUUUGACAAGUAGGAUAGGCAAGCUCACAGCCGCUCUGGCGACCGAAGCAGCGCUGGCCAUCAAGCAGGGCUUUUCCCCAUCCAAAGACUGGACACCCAUCGUCUUGUACCCUGCAGCCGUGCACCUCGUCGCCCGGCUCUCCGCCCGUGUCUUCCUCGGCGAAAGCGCCGCCCGCGACGAAUCGUGGCUCCGCAUCUCCACCGAAUAUGCUCAUUACGUCAUCCCGUUCGUGCGCGCCCUGCGCAGCUGGCCCCCCGCAAUGCGGCCAUUUGUGCAGCACUUACUCCCGGAGCGUCGGCGGCUGAGAGCCUGCGAAGCCCAGGCGCGAAGAUUGAUUGCGGCGCUAGCCGAGAAGAGCGGGAACUCGGACGACGCGCUCCACUGGCAGGAGGAAGUGUCGAGAAAGCACGGGAAGGACACGGAUGUGGCGGCCGGUCAGCUCGCUCUCUCGCUGGUGGCCGUGCAUACGACGUCGAUGGCGCUGACGAGGGUGAUGUUUGAUCUCUGCGAGCACCCGGAGUGGAUCGAGCCGUUGCGCGACGAGGUGCGGCGCGCACUCGCCGAGGAAGGCGACGACGGCGUGUGGACCAAGUCGACGCUGAUGCGCAUGCGGCUGAUGGACAGCGUGCUGAAGGAGUCUCAGCGGUUGAAUCCCGUGCAUCUGACUCUCAUGACCCGCAUCGCCACCGCCGACGUCGUCCUCCCUUCCCUACCCGACCUGUCCAUCCCCGCGGGCUCCAUGCUCGCCGUCUCAACAUCAGAGGCCCUGCGUGACCCGACCACAUUCCCUGACCCCGACAGCUUCAUCGGCGACCGCUUCCUCCGCCUGCGUGAAGAGUCAUCGUCAGCAGCAGCCACUCCCGCUGGGACUGAAAGUAGAAGCGGCAACAAGUGGCAGUACGCCACUACCAGCACCCAGCAUAUCGGCUUCGGCCACGGGGCGCAUGCUUGCCCUGGCCGCUUUUUCGCCGCUGCCGAGCUCAAGGUGGCGCUUGCCCAUCUGCUGCUGGCAUACGACUGGCGGUUUGAGGAGGGGCACUCGGGAGGGAAUAUUGAGGUUGCCCAGGAUAUCGUGCCGAAUCCGGGAGCUGUGGUGUGCUUCAGGGAUAGGAGGGAGGGGAGGCCGUGA